AUGACUACCUCCUCUUAUUUCACAGCUCCUUCUGGGCACACGAUACAUUUUCUUCAUUCCGGUUCAAUCUCGGGUGGCCUUCUAGUUUGCCUUCACGGUCUUGGCGGAUCAACCGAAACAUUCCUUCCUUUACUCCCGGCGUUGCCAAAAUCGUUCAAUAUCGUCCUCGUUGAUUUUCCAGGAUUCGGCAAGUCAGUCCUGAACAAAGCAGCAAAGCCGAUCACCGUUACCAGCACAGUUUUGGACAUAGAAUGCCUCAUCUCGUCGAUCAAAGAGAGCGCCGGCACUUCACACUCUGAAAAGAUCAUUUUCAUCGGGCACUCUUUUGGCGCCAUAGUUGCUCUUCAUUACGCUGCCAAGCAUUCUGAUGCAGUUGCCGGCCUUGCUCUCCUGGGGGCCGGACGAGCUGCUGGCCACAUUCCUGCGGUGAAGCAGCGCAUGCUACAACUUGCAAGCAACGCGAGGAAUUUGGGCAUAGACUUUGCGGCUAAUUCUGCCGCUGAGUCGAACUUCUAUACAGAUACUCCGGAACGAUCCGCAAGUCCAUCUGCAAGAGAGAGUGUACGAAAAGCCGUGGCUGCCUCCGACACUGAGUCAUACGCUCAGGUAUGCGAAGCAUUGGUUGAUUUGUACCACACGGAUCCCGACUACAGUAGUAUUGAAUGCCCGACAGUCUUCAUUCCCGGCGAUAAAGACAUGAUCAGUCCAACGGAUCGAUCCAAUGAACUCAGCAAGUUGAUGGGCGGUGAAAGCUGGGUGGUGACUGUCAAGAGUGGGCAUCAGCAAGCAUUGGAAGACCCGGAAGGUGUCGGAGAAGCUUUGGUACAACUUUUUGCGAGAAUUGAGGGCUCUCCAUAG